AUGUCUAUAAGUGAGGAGCAGCGCCCACGGUAUGGAAUCACAAUCCAGGAGCUGCAACACCUUUCGGAGCUGCAAGGGUACGCGGCCGUCGCAGAAAUUGAGAAGUUUGGAGGAAUCGGAGGGCUGUGCAGGCUGCUGCGAACAUCCCCCACUAGAGGUCUCAGUGGGAUACGAGCAGAUUUGGAGAACAGAAGGAAGGUAUUUGGUUCCAAUAUGGUACCGCCGAAACCGCCAAAAACAUUUCUUCACCUCAUAUGGGAAGCUCUCCAAGAUGUCACCCUCAUUGUUUUAGAAAUUGCUGCUUUGGUGUCGUUGGGUCUUUCAUUUUAUCCUUAUAAGGAAAGACUUGUGGGUAAAGCAGAGGAAGCUGGUGUCACAAUCGAUAAGGAUAAGUCUCAUGGAUGGAUAGAGGGCUUGGCCAUCCUUCUGUCUGUGACAGUGGUUGUACUUGUGACAGCAGUCAAUGAUUAUACAAAGGAAAAGCAGUUUCGUAGCCUGCAAAAGAAGAUUGAAAUUGAACACAGGUACACUGUGCUAAGAGCUGGUAACAUCCACCUGAUUCCUGUACGUGAUAUAGUUGUGGGUGACAUAUGCCAGGUUAAGUAUGGUGAUCUCCUUCCAGCAGAUGGUAUUCUGAUACAGAGCAAUGACUUGAAAGUGGAUGAGUCUUCUCUGACUGGUGAAUCGGAGCUUGUUAGGAAGGAAGUGCUGGUUAAGCCUAUUCUGUUAUCAGGAACUCAUGUGAUGGAAGGCAGUGGUAGGAUGUUGGUAACUGCUGUUGGAGUGAAUUCUCAGGCUGGAAUAAUUGUCAAAUUACUGGGAGCUGCUGCAGAUGAAGAAGUUGUGCAGGGAAAGAACAAGAAGAAGAAGAAGGAGGAGGAAGAAGAGGAGGGGGAGGAAAGUAAAAAAUCAGAAGAAGCCGGUAAAGAUGUUCCAUCAGCAUCAGUUUCAACAAUGGGCAGGUUCCGAGGUUACACUGGCUCUCAAGAAGAAGGACGUCCAUUGACAUCGAAGAAACAGAAGUCUGUACUGCAGGCCAAACUGACAAGACUUGCUGUACAGAUAGGAUAUGCAGGCUCAUUCGUUUCUGCAAUGAUAGUGAUUAUACUGGUCAUGCAGUUCUGUAUCAGAACGUACGUCAUGGAAAAAGAGCAGUGGAAGCCUUCACAUGCCAACGAAUUUGUGCGACACUUCAUCAUUGGCGUUACAGUGCUGGUAGUGGCUGUGCCUGAAGGUCUGCCACUGGCUGUAACUCUGGCUCUGGCUUAUUCAGUUAAGAAAAUGAUGUAUGACAACAACUUAGUGAGGCAUCUAGAUGCAUGUGAAACAAUGGGAAAUGCAACUGCAAUUUGCUCUGACAAAACUGGAACUCUCACCACCAACAGGAUGACUGUGGUGCAGUCAUUUGCAUGUUCAAUACUUAGAACAAAGGUGCCACCAUUCUCAGAUAUUCCAGCACCUGUUGGCGAUCUGAUUGUUGGAGCUGUAGCAGUUAACACUGCCUACACAUCGAGUGUGCUGCCAGCAGAUAGCCGUGGAGGUCUCCCAAAACAAUUUGGUAACAAGACAGAGUGUGCACUUCUGGGAUUUGUGCUGAGCAUGGGAAAAGACUAUGAGGCUGUAAGAGCUGACAUGCCAGAAGAAAGUUUCACCAGGGUGUACACGUUUAACUCCAUACGCAAGUCUAUGAGUACAGUCAUACCGAUUGCAGGCAGUGGCUACAGACUCUUCUCGAAAGGUGCUGCAGAAGUCAUGCUCAAUAAAUGUUCCUUUAUUUAUGGCCGCAAUGGUAAACUGGAUGUUUUUACGCAUGAAAUGCAACAAAAUGUGAUUCGACUCAUUAUCGAACCAAUGGCACGUGAUGGCCUGCGUACAAUAGCUCUAGCAUACAAGGACUUUGUGCGGACGAGUGCUGCAAAGAAUGACGUAUAUAUAGACAGUGAGCCAAAUUGGGAUGACGAGGACUAUAUUGUCAGUGAUUUGACGUGUCUUUGUAUUGUUGGCAUUCAGGAUCCUGUUAGAGCUGAGGUUCCAGAAGCCAUACAGCAAUGUCAACGGGCAGGGAUCACAGUCCGUAUGAUAACAGGUGACAAUAUACACACUGCGAGAGCCAUAGCAAUGAAGUGUGGCAUCAUUCAUCCUGACAGUACAUAUCUCGUCAUGGAAGGGAGUGAAUUUGACAGGCGAAUAAGGGACAGCAGUGGAAAAGUCAGCCAACAGCUGCUGGACCUCGUGUGGCCCAAUCUCAGGGUACUAGCACGAUCUUCACCAAAAGACAAAUACACACUGGUUAAAGGUAUGAUUGAGAGCAAGCUAUUUCCAAACAGGGAAAUAGUUGCUGUCACCGGAGAUGGAACCAAUGAUGGUCCAGCUCUGAAGAUUGCUGAUGUCGGGUUUGCUAUGGGGAUUGCAGGAACAGAUGUUGCCAAGGAAGCUUCUGAUAUCAUUCUGACAGACGACAACUUCAGAAGCAUUGUGAAGGCCGUAAUGUGGGGGCGGAACGUUUACGACAGCAUCGCCAAGUUCCUGCAGUUCCAGCUCACUAUAAACAUUGUCGCUGUUGUUCUGGCCUUCACUGGUGCCUGCGUCAUUCAAGCAAGCCCUCUCAAGGCCGUGCAGAUGCUGUGGGUCAAUCUGAUCAUGGACACAUUAGCGUCACUGGCACUCGCCACAGAUAUUCCCACUGUGGAGCUCCUCAAAAGGAAGCCUUACGGGCGCACGAAGCCUCUCAUUUCCCGACGUAUGAUGAAACAGAUUGAAUCCCAAGUGGUGUACCAGCUUUCAGUAACUCUUGCACUCCUUUUUGUAGGAGAUAAGCUGCUGGAUAUCCCAUCAGGCACAGGGAGUCAUGAACCCACUGAGCAUUUUACAAUAAUAUUCAAUACAUUUGUAAUGAUGGCUCUGUUCAAUGAAAUAAAUUCCCGAAAAAUCCAUGGUCAGAUGAAUGUAUUUUCUGGAAUGCUUCAAAAUAAAAUUUUCUGUGGCAUCUGGAUUUCAACAUUCAUAGCUCAAGUUGCGAUUGUCCAUUAUGGCUCGGUAGCAUUUUCGACAGUCCCUCUGUCACUCGACCAGUGGAUGUGGUGUUUGUUCUUUGGUAUUGGGGCGUUAGUAUGGAGAGCACUGAUAAACCCAAUACCUACAAGGAUAACAGCAAUGACACUACUGUAA